GGACAAAAUUAUAGUUAAGAAUUACCCGCUAGUUUUCAGCCAGAUUCAUCCCUCCUGGGGCGUCGUAAAAUGGAGCUUCAUGAACAAGAACAGCCUUAUCAAAUGGCAGUAGAAUACGAAGUGGUUCCCUCUCCAGCAGUUACAACUGAGCCGCCGAUAAUCCGACGUCUUGAUGAGUCCGUCGUUAAUCGAAUUGCCGCCGGGGAGGUGAUCCAAAGACCUGUCUCUGCCGUGAAGGAACUUAUCGAGAACAGCCUCGACGCUCACUCAUCCUCAAUCAAUGUGGUUGUUAAGGACGGUGGUCUCAAGCUCAUUCAGGUUUCUGACGAUGGCCACGGAAUCCGAUAUGAGGACUUGUCUAUACUAUGCGAGCGGCAUACAACUUCAAAACUGUCCAGCUUUGAGGAUUUGCAGUCGAUUAAGUCAAUGGGAUUCAGAGGAGAAGCUUUGGCUAGCAUGACUUAUGUCGGCCACGUCACUGUUACCACCAUUACUGAAGGAAAACUGCAUGGUUAUAGGGUAUCCUACAGAGAUGGUGUAAUGGAACACGAGCCUAAAGCAUGUGCCGCAGUAAAGGGGACUCAGAUAAUGAUUGAGAAUUUAUUCUACAACAUGAGUGCAAGGAGGAAAUCACUUCAGAACACUGUCUGUGAUUAUCCAAAAGUUGUGGACCUCCUAAGUAGGUUUGCUAUCCAUCACAAUAAUGUGAGCUUCUCUUGUAGAAAGCAUGGAGCGACAAGGGCAGAUGUUCAGACAAUAGCGACACCCUCAAGACUUGAUGCUAUUAAAUGUGUCUAUGGGGUACCAGUUGCACGUAAUCUAAUGAAAAUAGAAGUCUCUGACGAUGAUGCUUCCAGUUCAGUUUUCACCAUGAAUGGUUAUGUUUCAAACUCAAACUACAUUGCUAAGAAGACUACCAUGGUGCUUUUUAUUAAUGAUAGACUAGUUGAGUGUAGCGCCUUAAAAAGAGCUAUAGACAUUGUCUAUGCAGCAACCUUACCUAAAGCAUCAAAACCUUUUGUAUAUAUAUCUCUCACCUUGCCACCUGAGCAUGUUGAUGUGAAUGUGCACCCAACAAAGAAAGAGGUUAGCCUUUUGAAUCAGGAAGUUAUCAUUGAGAAGAUACAGUCAGCUGUUGAGGCUAAACUGACGAACUCUAAUGAUGAAAAAGUUUACAAUGAACAGAUGGUGGAUCCUUCUCCUUCUGCUCUUAUACCUUACAGCAAAAACACCUCUAUCAGUCCCUUGGGUUCUGGGUCAAAAUCACAGAAAGUGCCCGUGAAUAAAAUGGUUCGAACAGACUCAUUAGAUCCUGCUGGUCGGAUGCACGCUUACUUGCAGGUUAAACCUGGGAAUCUUGAAAUGAGUUCAAAUUUGAACAUCGUGAGAUCUUCCAUUAGGCAAAGGAGGAUCCCUAAGGAAAAUGCAGAUCUCACAAGCAUUCAGGAGCUUCUUGAUGAUAUAGAUAAAAGUUGUCAUUCUGGAUUGUUGGAUACUGUAAGGCAUUGUACUUAUAUCGGAAUGGCAGAUGAUGAUUUUGCUCUAAUUCAGCACAAUACGAACUUGUAUCUAGCCAAUGUGGUGAACUUAAGCAAAGAGCUUAUGUAUCAGCAAGUACUGCGACGGUUUGCUCAUUUUAAUGCUAUACAAUUAAGUGAGCCUGUCUUAGUAUCAAAAUUAAUCUUGUUGGCACUAAAAGAGGAGGAAAUAGAUGAAGAAUUCAAUGAAGAAUGCAAUGAAGAUGAUGAUCUGAAGAGCAAGAUUGCACAGAUGAACACAGACCUGCUAAAACAAAAAACUGAAAUGCUAGAGGAGUAUUUCAGUGUGUUCAUAGAUCCAGAAGGUCACUUGUCUAGGCUUCCUGUUGUGCUUGAGCAAUACACUCCGGAUAUGGAUCGUGUCCCCGAUUUUGUUCUCUGUUUGGGCAACGAUGUGGUUUGGGAAGAUGAAAAAAAUUGUUUUCAAUCAAUUGCUGCUGCUAUAGGAAACUUCUAUGCUAUGCAUCCUCCUUUAUUGCCAAAUCCUAGUGACAAUUUGCAAUUUUACAAGAAUGAAACUUCCAAACGUUCUCAUGAUGGAGAAAACAUAAUAGAAGAGGAUCAUUUGGAGGAUGAAAUGGAGCAUGAGCUACUUGCUGAAGCAGAGACUGCUUGGGCCCAGCGUGAGUGGUCAAUCCAACAUAUCCUGUUUCCAUCUAUGAGACUUUUUCUUAAACCAACAACUUCCAUGGCUGGAAAUGGGACAUUUGUGCAGGUUGCUUCACUGGAGAAGCUUUACAAAACCUUUGAGAGAUGCUGAAGAAAAAAUGUUCAAUUUUUUGGGCCUUGUAUGGAAAGGAAGCUAAUAUCUCCGAAAUGCUAAGUCUUGGUUUGGAUUCGGGGCUAUCCACCUGUAAGAAAGGUGAGAUUUUUGUUGCUUUCACUUGGAUUCGGGGGGGCUAGUCAGUGAGAUCUUUGAUCGAUUUAAAUCAAAUUAGGGUUUUUUUAAGUGUAAGUGGAAUUUUGUUAUGAUACAAGAACCUAUCUAGGUUUUUUAAGUGUAAUUUGAUUUAAAUCGAUUAGCUAGCUUCUUGUAUAUGGGUCUUAUUUCUUCUUCAAUGCUAUAUUAGGAAAA